CUCCAUCCAAUGAGUUAUACAUUCAAUACAUAUGUUUGACAACAGAACAAUAAUAAUCAGUAAGAGAUGGCAUCGCACACCUCAUUGGUCUCAUCGCCCGCCACUACAAGUGUUACCAACAAUGAAGAGUCAACCGAUGCGGACCAACACUGGACUCAAGACUCGGCCGGCGAUGGCGAYAGUCUGGAGAAGAGGAAGCGUUUGUUUGGCAAAGAGUUACGGUGUAUGAUGUAUGGCUUCGGUGAUGACCACAAUCCGUUCACCGAAUCUGUCGAUAUGUUAGAAGAUCUGGUCAUACAAUUUAUCGGCGAUAUAUCGCUUAAGGCUCAAGACGUCGGACGCAACGGAAAAAUAUCGGUCGAAGACGUCUUACAUUGUAUGAAACGCGAUGAACGCAAAUACGCCAGAGUUAGGGAUCUAUUGUCGAUGAAUGAAGAGCUGAAAAAAGCCAGAAAAGCUUUCGAUGAAAUCAAAUAUGUCUCCAAUGCCUAAACACAACACUUCACUAUUCAUUACCAAAUGACUGGUCAAACAUUGUAUGUCUUCAUUGUGAUCACUGUUUGCCUUAUAAUUGAUUGCAAUUAACUAAAUAAGUGAUAAUUUAAAAUCAUUUUUUUUAGUUUAUUAUGAUAUAUACCAUAGAUUUAUAUUAAUUA